AUGGACACGAGUGGCUCCCAGCUUCCCCCGGAGCAACAAGGGCGUAGCCGGCGGAAAUGGAGAGAAAAGCAUAUCAAUAACGCGUAUGAGACGCAAAAGUCUGGCGCCAUCCGCGGAGCGGUGGUGUGGUCCGUCGUUGGCGCAACAGGCGUGUUCAUGGCGCACCACAUCUUCCCGGGAUUCAAGCGCCAAACACUUGCCCUCAAGGGCCUGCUCACCAUUUCUGCCGCCUCGAUCGGACUCGUGUUUGGCGCCGAGAACGCGCUUCUUCGCUACGAGCAUGGGCAGCGCUCGCACGACAACCUGGAGCUUGAAGAACUUGUUUAUGCUCCUCCGGACGAGGACGAGGUGGGCAGGGAGCUCCGGACGGAGUGUGCACAGCUCGAGUUUGUCGGACCCCACCUAACAUGGCUGCCCGACGCAGCCCAAAUCCUGCAGGAACAGAUUGAGAAUCUGCUCCUUUGUGGACUGCGGCACCUCUCACCUAUGCUUUUAGGCAUGGCCCUGCAAGCCGCAGAGCACCGUGGAAUGCUCCCUGAGGUGGUCCGCAACCUGCUGGAUGAUCUUAGCGACGUGCUUCUGGAGCGUAUCAGGGCAGCUCUGGACCUCUAUGCGAUCGGCAAGACACUGGGCGAGGCACAGCCUCCGUUGCUUCCUCCCCGCACGCUUUCUGCUAUUUACCACCACCAGCCUGACGCAAGCGCGUCCCAUCCCCAUGCAGCGGAGCAGAUUCAGCGCUGGACCUCUGCCAUUUGGGAGCGUAUUCAUUCGCUUGUCGUGGACGAAAUGGCGCCGAUCUUUACCAAAGUCCACAUGCUCGAGCAUGUGCUCCACUUGAAACAUGAACCCACGUCCGGAACAACGUUUCUAGAGGUGGUGUCCAAGGUGCCUGAAAGCGUGUGCCUCGGAUGA